CUCUCAUUCAAUGUUUGGGAUAACAGAACUCACUAAAGCCUCACAUUCAGUCUUCAGAUAAAAAAGAAAGAAAGAAAGAAAGAAAGAAGAACAUAAGGAAUGGGAAGUGCCACUCUUGGUGUACACAUUCAUCAUUACUUAUUCCACCCAACCAAACUGAGAACACUUAACUGCACUGCAUCAAGCGCCCAACAAGACGAGCUCUUGGGGUCCGGCAAGGUACGCCCAAUCCCGGCCAAAGAUGCAGCGCAAGUGCUGCGCGCUGAAGGGUACAAGCUCUUGGACGUGAGGCCGGCGUGGGAAUGGGACAAGGCCCGGGUUGUUGGGUCCGUACACGUGCCGUUGUUUGUGGAGGAUAAGGGCAUGGACCCUGUGACACUGCUCAAGAAAUGGGUGCACUUUGGGUACAUUGGUCUUUGGACUGGUCAGCUUCUCACCACCAUUAAUGAUCAGUUUCUAGCUCAGGUACAGAAUGCCUUUGCUGAUAAAGAGUCUAAACUACUUGUUGCUUGCGGUGAGGGCUUGAGGUCAAGGAUAGCUUUGAAGGUGUUGGAAAAGGAUGGGUAUAAGAAUUUGGCAUGGUUGGCAGGAGGUUUUAAUAGAUCUAAAAAUAGUGAUUUUCCUGAAGUUGAAGGGAGUGGCAAACUGCAAUUUGCCACCAUUGGUGGAGUUUCUUAUUUGUUUCUCCAACUGCUGCUCAUUUUGCAAGUGCUUGGCAAGGAUAGUGAUUAAAAGAUUACUGUUUCUUAGGUCA